AUGGAGGCCAAAGAAUUGAUUGAAAACUCCCAGGCAAAUCUUACUUGCUCCAUCUGUCUGGGCUACUUCACAGACCCAGUGACUGUCAAAUGUGGGCAUAAUUUUUGCAAAGACUGUCUCCUCCAGUGCGAUGAACAACCUGAUGCUACAUUAACUUGUCCAGAGUGCAGAGAUGUCAUUAGAUCCAGUGACAUUGUGCUCAACAAGAACCUGCAGAAUUUGUCCAUCACUGGCAAAGCACUCAGACAGCAUUUAUUGCUGAGCCCGGUACUUCUGACCACCUAUGAACAACAUGGAGAAAAAGAGAAGCUCUUCUGUGAGCAAGACCAAAAACUGAUUUGUGAUUCCUGCUUAUUAACAGAAGAGCACAAGGAUCACCAAGUCCUUCCCUUGCAAAUGGCUGCUGACAAGUGCAAGGAGAAGCUCCAGGAAACACAGAAUAUCUUACAGGGAAAAGAAGAGGAAUUUAAAAUGGCACUGGAUGAAGUGAGAAAGAGAAAGGCACAGUGUAAGGCAGAUAUAAAUCUUGUUAGACAGUCAGUUAGAUAUGAAUAUGAAAAAAUGCAUCAGUUACUAUGGGAUGAAGAAGAUCUAUACCUGCAAAAACUGGACCAGGAAUAUACAGACAACCUGGCAAAACUCGAAAAGAAUGAGGCCAAACUGUCACAGCAAAUGCAAAAUCUGCAACUAAUGAUAUUAGAAGUAGAGGCGAAUUUGGACCAGGCAUCCUUACAAAUGCUCCAGGAUAUAAAAAGCCCCUUGGAAAGGAAUGAGGAGCUACUGCUUCAAAAACCAGAGGUUGUUUUCCCCAAUUUUACCACCUACUCCAUUACUGGAUUGAAGGAAAUGUUCAUGAACUUCUAUAGGGAUAUUACUGUGGAUCCUGAAACAACCAUUCAUCUCAUCCUGACUGAAGAUUUCAAAAAGGUCAAUUAUGGGAAUGACUCACAAGGCCGGCUUGUCAAGGAAGAAGGACUUGACUGUGUUGUUAAUGUACUGGGGACACAGACUUUCACCUCAGGCAAAUAUUAUUGGGAGGUAGAUGUAGGAGGUCAGACAGAGUGGUCAGUGGGAAUCUGCAAAGAUUCAGUCAGCAAGUAUGGGAAACUCUCCAUAUUAUCUGAGGAUGUAAAAGCCCUAAUAGGAUUAAAAGCUGGAAAUGAUUUCCUUUUCUGGAAUUCAGAAGAAGGCUUUCUUAUGAUCCCACCUCUACACAAGGUGGGCAUUUUUCUUGAUUAUGAUAGGGGACAUAUUUCAUUUUAUGAUGUCAGAGACACAACUCUACUCUUCAGUCCUCAAAAUAAAGCAUUUCAAGGGCCUGUUCGUCCUUAUUUCUCUCCUUGCCUUUUUAAUGAAGGAAGUACCCCUUAA